GGGUAGACAAGCAGAGAGAGGGAGAGAGAGAUAGAAAUAGAAAGAGGAUUGGGAGAGAAACAUGGAAGGCAAAGGGGAGGGAGUGUGGAUCAUGCAUGUGCAUUAACUCAGCUCCAGUGGCACAGCAGCAGCAGCAGCAGCAGCGCAGGAGGCAGUGAGAGGGAGGAAGGCAGAGGAGAGUUGGAGGGAGGCUGCUUAGAACAAAAGCUGCAGAGGACCGCACUCCAUCACUAAAAGAACAACAGAGGUGUAACAGAGGAGGGAAGUGGAGGAUUGUCAUGAGUGUAAUGAGACAAUAACGGAGAAGAGGCACCCUGUAGUCAGUGAGUACUGACACAAAGCUCUUGUCUUGUCUGCUCUCCAUGUUUUUGGGCAUCCACCGUACUGUUGCCCUCAUCUCCAAAGCCAGCGGAGAAUGUCGGGGAAAAAGGAAUUUGAUGUGAAGCAGAUCCUCAGACUUCGCUGGCGCUGGUUCAGCCACUCAUCCCAAGGUUCGGCGGGAAGCGGCGGUGUUGGCGGCGGUGGAGGGUAUAUUCAGCAGGAUGGCACCGACCACAGGGGGACCCCUGUCCAGGGCCGGCUCAAGAGCCACUCUCGGGAAAGAGGCGGGGGAGGACUGAGGAAGUCGAGCAGCCCGGCCCACAGUAUCCUGGCACCGACGCCUGUCUGUGUCAGAUCGGGUCAGCAAUCAUGGCAACAGCAACAACAACACACUGUGCCGGGCCUUCAGGUCAAUGAGGACACCUCCAAAACCACUUCUUCGCCCAGCACCACCAGAAAAGAGGACCCCAACACAGGCAAAGAAGAUGUGAAGUGCAACACAGAGGAACCUGCAGAGGUGGAGGCCAGAGAGAGGUUGGCUCUGAGCACCUUCACCAGAAUGAAUACCAACUCCUCUGAUGAAUUCUUCCAGGCCACAAAUCAUGCAGAGCAGACAUUCCUAAAAAUGGAGCGUUACCUACAGCAUAAGCAACUGUGUGAUGUCCUCCUGAUAGCAGGCGAUCACAGGAUACCAGCUCACAGACUUGUUCUGAGCGCCGUCUCCGACUACUUUGCUGCAAUGUUCACCAGUGAUGUGAGGGAGGCCAAACAGGAGGAGAUCAAGAUGGAAGGGGUGGAUCCAGAUGCCCUAACCUGCUUGGUUCAUUUUGCCUACACUGGUGUCCUUGAGUUGAAAGAGGAGACCAUCGAGAGUUUAUUGGCGGCAGCUUGCCUCUUGCAGCUUUCACAAGUAAUACAGGUUUGCUGCAACUUCCUGAUGAAGCAGCUUCACCCCUCGAACUGCUUGGGAAUACGCUCUUUUGCCGACGCCCAGGGGUGCGUGGACCUUCUCAACGUGGCUCACAACUACACCAUGGAAAACUUUAUGGAGGUCAUUCAGAACCAGGAGUUUCUCCUGCUACCUACUGCCGAGAUAGUGAAGCUUCUGUCCAGUGAUGACAUCAAUGUGCCUGACGAGGAGACUAUCUUCCAGGCCCUGAUGAUGUGGGUGAGACACGACGUUCAGCAUCGGCAGCAGGACCUCGGAGUGCUCCUCUCUUAUAUUCGACUGCCUUUACUUCCCGCACAGCUUAUAGCUGACCUAGAAAACAACAAGAUGUUCUCUGAUGAUCUGGAAUGCCAAAAAUUGUUGAUGGAGGCAAUGAAGUAUCACCUUCUGCCUGAGCGCCGUCCCAUGUUUCAGAGCCCGAGAACCAAACCCCGAAAGUCCACUGUGGGGGCACUUUAUGCUGUUGGAGGGAUGGAUGCUACCAAAGGCUCAACCACCAUAGAGAAGUAUGACCUGCGCACCAACACCUGGAUCCCACUUGGAGUUAUGAAUGGACGCCGACUACAGUUUGGUGUGGCUGUAAUAGACAACAAGUUGUAUGUGGUUGGUGGAAGAGAUGGGCUGAAGACCUCCAACAUGGUGGAGUGUUAUAAUCCAAUCAAUAAAAUUUGGUCCACCAUGCCCCCCAUGUCAACACACCGACAUGGACUUGGUAUUGCUGUGCUGGAGGGUCCCAUGUAUGCCGUAGGCGGUCAUGACGGUUGGAGCUAUCUCAACACCGUAGAGCGCUGGGACCCGCAGGCCCGACAGUGGAACUAUGUGGCCAGUAUGUCGACACCACGGAGCACCAUGGGAGUCACUGCACUUAAUGGGAAAUUGUUUGCCGUCGGUGGCCGGGAUGGCAGCUCCUGUCUGAAAUCAAUGGAGUGCUUCGAUCCUCACACCAACAAAUGGAGCAUGUGCGCCCCCAUGGCCAAGAGGCGAGGGGGAGUAGGUGUGGCCACGUACAAUAACUUCCUGUACGCUGUGGGGGGACAUGACGCCCCGGCCUCCAACCACUGUUCCCGUCUCUCAGAUUGUGUUGAAAGGUAUGACCCCAAGACGGACACAUGGACCACUGUGUCCUCACUCAGCAUUCCUCGGGACGCCGUAGGUGUUUGCCUGCUCGGUGACAGGCUAUAUGCUGUGGGUGGAUAUGAUGGGCAAUCCUACCUUAACAGUGUUGAGUCAUAUGAUGCCCAAAACAAUGAAUGGACUCAGGAGGUCCCUCUAAACAUUGGCAGGGCAGGUGCCUGUGUGGUGGUGGUGAAACUGCCUUGAGCGCUUUUUGUCCCAUGCUUGCAUGAUAUAAACAAAUGAAGACGAGCAUACCACCGAAACAACAAAGACAACUCCUCUGAGAGACACUUGUUUUUAUCCUUUCAGCUUUCCAGAUUUUUGAGAGAGAAAAAACAUGACCAGGCCUCUCCCUCACUAUUGGCGCACAUGUGGGCCCACUGGGGAGGACCCACUCCCAAAUUGGAAUGUGCGUUCUUGACAUUCUCCACCGAUCAACACUUUUCAUACACUUGGCCAAGCUGUAGCAAAUCAGCGCCAAGAAAUUGAUGUAUUGCUUUGUUUCUCUGUUUCUACAAAAAAGCUGUGUGUAAGACUCUACAUUUUAUCACAUUAUCUAACGACAGAUUUAUUCACAAACAUUUUCCUAUGGUUUCUGUUUCAAACUGUAUAUUUUAGGGCUACUUUUUUCCCUUUUGAAGCCACCAAACUUACGUGUCACUGUGAACAAUAACAAUACAAAAUGCUUUUUUUUGGCUGCAAAUGUCAAGUUGUUGUUUCUUAGUCAAGCCUGUAGCGUUACAGAACACCAAAGUUAUUUGCUUGUUGUUAGAAGUCUUUUGGAUUUAAUGAAGGUUUACAGAAUUGUGAAUUAUGCAAUACAUAUCAUAUUGAUAUUUCACAUUGCUACACAUGUGUUCUUAGUCAAUUUUAAAGCUAUGUUAUCUGAUUAUUGCUUAUUUUGCAAUUCUUUCAUGCGUGCAGAGUGAAUGCACUAUGUCUUAUAUAAACUUUACUGUGUGUUCUGUACAUGCCAUCUUGGGUCAAGUAGAUGUUUAGCAGCUAUUAUACAAGUUUAUGACCCAAUAUCUACGACCAAUUGCCAAAAAAGCCCGUAAAAAAGUAUUUUGUAUGCAUGUGUGGGGGUGUGCAGGUGUGUGUAUACAUAUAAAGGUGCGUGUGUGUGUGUGCGUGUUUGAGAAUUUUUAUUAUCAAAUGCUUUCUAGAGCGAAUCUCACUUUCUAUGUUUUUAAACAUUAUUUUGUACAGCAUGUUAGCAUAUAAAUUUAAUCAUUUAAGUUGACUGCAUGCUCAAAUUCAUGUUUUGAAAUUUUGAGGAAAUAAACAUUUUUACCUGAACGGC